CUCGCUGUGCCGAGUCUGAUGAGAGCAGGGGGAAUUGGCGUUGGCAAGAGCGCGAGCUCCGGGACAGACCGAGGCACAGAAGAAGCGGCUUUGACAUUAUAAACAACAAGAGACACCGUGCUUAGGGUUUUAUAUUGGACUUUGUAAUAUCAAGAGUUAAAUUCGAGCAACUUUUACAUAUAUAUAUAGAAAGAGAAGACACGAUUAUCUAUCUUCACGAGUAGUUUGAGUUCUGUUUUAACGGGUCAUAUUUAAUAUUGUAAUACUGACUAAGGGAGUAUGGGUGAUGUAGAGAUAUGAUGUGGAGAAUGCAGAGAUAAUAAUUUCAUGCGAUUUUAGUUCGGCGGGAUUUGAACAUGAACACAGUUGCACCGUAGAGCUCUGGUCGGACUUUGCUGUGAGAGAUGGGAAAAUGGGAGUUAACCAUGGACCCAGUUCAGGAGUGGGGUGAGGAGUUUGAGGAUGGUGCCGUGUUCGGCAUCACACUACGUAGAGAGCCAGUGCAGCAGUCGGGCGAAGCUGCCGAGGCCUCUCCCUGCUCUGCGUAUGUUCAAUAUCGUACAUCUAAAGUCCGGAGGCUGAAAGCAGCCACACUGAAACGUGUAGUGGAUCACCUGCUUGAUCCCUGCUGCCAAGAACAGGACUAUGGAAGGAUACUACUUUCUACAUACCGCACCUUCAUCAACACCAACAAACUCAUCGAGCUGCUUUUUCAGAGAGACAGUCAUGACUCUGAGCUGGACAACAGCAAUUGUCAUAAGAGUGCACUGUGGACUCUACUCCAGACCUGGUUGGAUGAGUUUGCUGAGGAUUUCAGGGAUCCACCAAUGCACUCUUCGUUACGCUUAAUGUGCCUCCAACUGAGACGACACAACUCUCUUUCAGCUCUGGCCAAGUGCUAUGAGGAUCUCCUCAAGAAAUUUCAGGCAGAAGAUGUCGUGAAUAAAGAUCAAGCCAAAGUGGAACAAGAGCCAGAGUUGAGUCAGGGAGAGAAAGACUUAGAUGAUGUAAGCAAUCAGACAGACUUCAUGGAGUUCUCUGUCAUAGAACUUGCAGAACAGCUCACCAAACAGGAUGCUGAGCUGUUUGUGAAGGUGGUACCCUUCCAGUGUCUGGGCUGUGUCUGGUCUCAGAGAGAUAAGAAGGAAAACCUCUCGCCCACCAUUAGUGCAACCAUCUCUCAGUUCAACGCUGUUACUAACCGUGUCAUCACCUCCCUCCUUUGUCCUGCCACCUCUCCUUCUUCCACUCCAUCAUCCACUUUGAACCAGAGAGCCAGAAUCAUUGAGAGAUGGAUACGAGUUGCACAGGAGUGCAGGCAGCUAAAGAACUUCUCUUCCCUGAAGGCCAUUUUGUCUGCACUGCAAUCCAACCCGAUUUACCGGCUGAGGAAGACCUGGGCUGCGGUGAGCAGAGAAAACAUGAGCACCUUUGAGAACCUGUGUGAAACUUUCCCAGAUGAGAACUGUGUGUUAAGAAGCAGAGAAAUCCUUGUGGAGGAUGGAAGCCAGGCAGCCGUGGACAAUAUUAUACCCAAGACAUCCAAGCAGUGUCCCCUGUCCAAACAGAUGACCAACAGUGGAGUUGUGCCUUACCUGGGAACAUACCUCACUGUCCUGACCAUGCUGGAUACAGCUCUACCUGAUACUGUGGAGCGUGACUACAUAAAUUUUGAGAAGCGCAGGAGGGAGUAUGAGAUCCUGUGGCAAAUCCGGCAACUCCAAGCAUCCUGCUCCCAGUACACUCUACCCCACCAUCCUCAAAUUGCAGCCUGGUUGCAAGAUCACAAGCUGCUCACGGAUCAGGAGAGUUAUGAGUUGUCCAGACAGCUGGAGCCUCCACUUGACAGCUGCUCACCGUCCAGCAGUACAGCCUCGAAUCCCCGCUCCCUCGCCAAAAAGCUUACUUCCCUCCUGAAUGUGAGUGAAAGCUCCAAGAAGAAUGCUGACCAGAUUAGUGUCUCAUCAUCUGGAUCCAGCAGUUCUGAAAUGGAGGAUCUCUCUACAAAUCAGUCAUCUCCUCUUGAAGCACAGUCACUCUCAAGCUCUUGCCAGAAUGUGGCUGACAGCAUUUCUUCCUCGUCUCCUACGGGCUCUUCCAGCUCCUCCACCAGCUCCCAGGCUGACCUCAUUCUCUCUGCACCUUCCACUUUGCUAGCUCCAUCCAAGCCCGGCCAUAAGCGCUCGGUCUCCAUGACCGCACUGCCUCUGUACAACAGGCAGGUUGCUGACAACUGCAUCAUUAGGAUCAGUGUGGAGAGCAGCAACAAUGGCAACAUGUACAAGAGCAUCCUGCUGACCAGUCAGGAAAAAACAGCCCAGGUGAUUGAGAGGGCCCUGCAGAAGCACAACCUGGAGAACGCCAGCGUACAGGACUUCAGUCUCGUCCAAAUGUUGGCUCAAGGCAAAGAGCUUAUCAUUCCAGACAAAGCCAACGUCUUCUAUGCCAUGUCUACUUCAGCCAACUAUGACUUUGUUUUACGUCGUUGUCCAAAAGGCCAGCGCAAACAACUGGCACGCUCAGCAUCAAUGUCAGCAGGCCGCUCUACCAAAUAACAUCGGUGAUGAGAACAAACUGAAUUUGCUUAGAAAUCUGCAUAAUAUUGAAAUGACACAGGACUCGUUAUGGUUUCAGUUUUUAUAUACGAAAUGUACAUAGAAUAUAUGUAUAUAGUCAAACAUAUUUAUGCUUAUUUAAUGGUAGCUAUUUGCUACUUGACAGAUAUUUUUCUAAGAAUGUUAGUAAGUUAAUGUGUGCUCACCUUGACGGGAGAGUUAAGGUAGGAUACAUGGUUGUACAACUGCCAGAAGUGUAGAGGCUUUAUAUUUGUAAACUUCAAACAGUGGUAUAUUGUGUGCACUGGCUUGUAGCAGUAAGGUUCCUAAUCCCAGAAGUCAUCUCUGUCUUUGAGACAAAAUCACAGCAGCUACAGAACCUGACUGUGUACAAUAAUCUCACACACACUCAUCACAUGGGCCAUGUUUUGCUGUCAGUUUCUGUCAAACUGAGCAGGGCUAUCACCUCAUCGUUGCAGUCUUUGCAUACCAGGUUACAUAUUCAAGAGUUUCAGCAUUAGUAUCGUAGAAUUCAUUACCUUCACCAUUUCCCUGUAGCACGUACUGAAAUUCCUUCAAGAUCAUUCUUUUAGUGUGGGCCUGAAAUUGAUUUCUAUACUACUGAAGCUCUUUCCCACUUCAUUUAGUUGGUAAUUUGAUCAUUUUUAUCCUUUCUGUGUAUAAGGUAAUGAUUAAGAGGCUGAUAAAAAGCGGUACUGCAAAUAUAGUUGUGUGUAUCAGCUGUAGACAUUAUAUUAACAUUUAAUGUCAAAGGCCAUUAAGUUUUUUUUUAAACACAUAUCUAUAUCGUUGAGCUUUUCAGUGUAUUUGUAAAACAGCCUGCCUUUCUAUGUCAUUUCAGCGAGUUCCCACGUCAUAGCUUAAGAAAUGAUGAUAAAAGUACAGCCUGCCUGUAACAUAGAUAUAUGUGACAGAGACACUCAUUAGGAUCACAGUUUUCCCGUCCCACAGCUUAGCACCAUGGUGAUAUCGAUUGGGUGUGUACUUUUGUGAGUGUGUGUGUGUGUGUGUAAGAUAAAGGUACUGCACUGACAGGCCCUGGGACAUUCCACUGUCACACUGUGUAGUGAUAGAGGUCUAAUCUGCUCUUGCUACAAUGUUUAACAACUCCACUGAAAUGUCUCACACUAUCCACUUGUUCCUGACCUGAGGCUUUAGAGAAAAUCCAAUACUGCCUAAAAAAAAAAAGUCUAUUUAUUCUUUAGUGCUUUAGAAACACCACGUUGAAUUUCUGUGCAAUUAUUAGAGGAGAGAUGUAUCUUCUUGUUCCUAACCACAGAUGUAUUCUUUGGCUCUGCUGUUUCAAGUAGAUUUGUUCUUCUCACAAAUGAUAAAUAUUGUAUAGUAUCUGAUUCAUUCUUAAGAGAAUCAGAACCAAGUUUAAUAAGUUUAAUAUCAGAUUUUGGAGAAAACAUGAAUACACUGAUCAUUACUGUAUUGUAGUGUACUGUAUUUUGGACUUCACUCUGCACUCCAUAGCAUUUCAUUGGCUUCCUGUACAUACUGUUUAUGCAUGUACAUGUAGCGCUGCUCUAAAGAUUAAAAUAACUAAAAUAA